UGUUGCAAUUGUAAACUGUCGUAGCAACGGUAUGAAAGAGUCAAAUAAAAGAGCAUUGGUCGAAUCACAUCGAUUAAGCUAUUUGAGAUUCGAGAACAAAGGGAAACGGACGUUUGUCGAUCAAACUACAAGCGGUUUUAUUUUAUUAGAAAAAAACAGUUUUUUUUGGAACUCCCUCGAAGCUAAAUAAAUUAGCAAAAAUGUCUGUGUCUCCGAUAGCUCUUAGGGCGACAGUUGCAAGUUUUAAAAAAAUGGCUUCUAAUAAACCUGAAGUUAAAUCUAAAGUUAUACCUGAUGCUACCGUAACAACCGUGGUGGAUUCCACUCAGCGUGGAGACACACGAGACGGGAAUAUUUUGUCGGAAAUAGUGCGAAAAACUUUGGACGUAAAUAAAUAUGCCACGAAGAAAACCAUCGCUCAAGGGCUUUUGGACGUUGCUUUGUUGACCGCCAAUGCCUCCCAAUUGAAAUACAUCCUUCAAGUCGGAGAAAAACACGAAUUCUACGCUCUAAUGUUAUCUCUAAUCUCGAUCUCCAUAGUACUCCAGAUCGUUCAAGCCUGCCUUUGUGUUAUCCUGGGCGUUACAUUGAACAUAAACAAAGAUGUUCACCAAGAGAACGCCAAUAAGGCCAAUAACAUCGUCAUGUGCAUCAAUAUCCUCAUAAUGGCAGUCAAUGUAGUCAUAAAUACGUUCGAUAUGAAAGAUCCAGAUAAUUCUACUGGCAGCACGACGAUUUCUACUACUAUGAGUCCUACUACACCGAGUUGAAACGGGUUCCUUCACCAAAAUAUAGACAUUUAAAGCUUUUGUAUAGGUUAAGUAUUUUUAUAUUUUAGAUAUAAUAAUUCUUUUGAGUCCGUUUAUUUAAUUUACAGCAGACAUCAUUUAUCUAAAAAGGAUAAAAAAAUGAAAGGCUCAAUUUAAAAUAAAAAGUAUUUUGCAAAAAAGUUAUUGAGCAAUCAAACUUUAGAAACCUUAUUUUUUUUUUAAUUAUAAUCAAAAUUAUACUUUUAUUGCUUUAACAAUGUGUAAAGAGUGUAUUUUGUCACUUUUAUUUUACAAAUUCACUUUUCACUAGGCUUUAUCGGGUUUCUUCCAGAUUUGUGAGAGAUGUUCUGAAUAAAUCAACUAACUCAUAUACAAUAAUUAUAAUGAAGUAUUAUUUAAGUUGUACUUUUUAAAUUAACAAAUUAAAAAUGAUAUUGGUGUAAGUUGUAAUGUUGUUUCGUAAAUGAUUGUUCGUUUAUUAGUUUCUGUAAAUUAUUUUUUUUGUGUUUUAUACUCGUUGAAAAAAGUAAUGUUACCUUUAGAGAUUAUACUUUAGUUCCCUAAAAAUAGCUAUUGUUCAAUAAAUAAUACAAUUAAAAUGUUAAGUCAAUAUUAUUACGUACAUUAAUAAUAUUAUGAUCAAUAUUAUUAAUCAUAAAAAUGAUUACGAAAAUGUGUGGGUAUGAAUAUUGUAAUUAACUUAUAAAUAAAC